AUGACUUCUGAUAAUGCCACGAAAAGAGGAGACGAACUUAAGAUUGUGGUCGUGGGAGAUGGAGGCUGUGGGAAGACAUCUCUUCUGUUGGUUUUUGCUAAAGGAGAUUUUCCUGAGAAAUAUGCACCGUCAGUGUUCGAAAAAUAUGUCACCACGAUCUCUCUCAGAGGAAAAGAGAUAAAGCUCAACCUGUAUGACACCGCUGGACAGGAAGACUAUGACAGACUACGGCCUCUUUCAUACCAAGAAGCCGAUCUGAUUUUAGUCUGCUUUGACGUGACCAACCCCACCAGCCACGAGAAUGUCCUGAUAAAGUGGCACCCUGAGGUGAAGCACUUCUGUCGGGACACGCCGGUCAUCCUUAUUGGCUGCAAGACUGACCUCAGGAAGGAUGAAGAGUGUGCCAGGAAGCUCAAGGCGAUGGACCAGGCAGCCAUCACUUACACACAGGGGGAGGAGACCCGGCAGCAGAUGAAUGCAGUGCUCUACCUCGAGUGUUCGGCUAAGUAUCAGGAGAACGUGGAAGAUGUGUUCAGGGAGGCAACCAAAAGAACUUUGGCUUUUAAUCGAAAGCAAAAGAACAAGAGGAAGAAGAUAUGUGUCGUUUUGUGAAGUCGUGAAAAAACGAUCUAGAGGACUCGACUGGCUUUUCCCCCCCUUUUGAAAACCAUUCCUUCACAUUGUGAGUGGUUAGACAUUCAGAGGCCAGGCGUCCUCGUGUGGAGACCGCUGUAUGAGCACUGGUUCAGACAGCACUGACCUGUCCCGUAGGUUUGGGCCUCACUGAGUCCUCAGCCUUUACUGUUACAAGACAAUAACUAAUGACUAAACAGGAAAGACAGUUUUGCAAGAAGCAGCAGGUUUGUAUGCAACUUGAAAAUCCUUCCGUCAAUGUAUUUUUAUGGAGACAUGUUUAGUUCUUAAAUUUUUUGAUAGAAAGCUUUGUACCAUUUCCAAACUUGUAUUUUAUGGAAAUGUACAUGAUGUUGAAGUUAGUUAUUCGUCAACUGCAUUUCAUUUUUUUUUUACAAAAAUGUAAUUCUCAUGUAAAUUAAAAUGUCUGAAUCUGGUAUAAAAACUGCACGUAGAUAACAUAAUAGUUGUAUCUACUAUACAUGUACUGUAGCUUUAACAGUUGUGAGAAAGAAAACCUUGAACACCCAACAGGAUUAGUUCAUUUCCAGUAAAAAAAGAAAAAUUGUGUUUGGUAGCUGCGUCAUCCUGAAGCUCUUUUCUUCAGCAGCAGCGCCCCCUAGUGCAAGGAAAGCGAAAUGUGUGCAAUGGCUGAACCAUGGAGGCAUUUCCCACACAAUAACCACAGAAAUGGCAACACAUUUAAUUAGGUGUUUAAUUAUUAAUUAUUUUUUUUACAACAAUGUACACAGAUUGAGAAACCGUCUCUUGUUACUGACCCACUCAGGCAUCAUUCACAGCCUUAGACAUGAACACAUUGCUCAUCAGAUACAUCGUACAAAUGAGGAAAUCAAGUUGUUUUGUGCGUUCUGGCAGCUUUUGCAUUACAUGUAACAUUUUGGUCUGUAACCUUCCCCUAAAUAAAAGUGGUACAUAAAA